GUUGGUGAAGAGCGGCAGUGGCGAAGAGCGAAGGAACGGGGAAGAAAGAUAACUCAGUGUUUGGAAUAUGGAUCAGCUUAUCUUCUCAUGGUCUAUUGCUGAUGUCCUCAACAACGAUCUCUUCAAGAAUAAGGUGGAGAUGAUACCAAAGACUUUUGAUACCACCGAAAGUUAUUUCAGUUCAUUUACUUAUCCAUUGAUGGAAGAAGUGCGCGCUGAAGUGUGCUCCAGCUUGGAAUCUAUAUCUCAAGCACCUUUCGUCAAAAUAGAACACCUCCGGUGCACAAAGCGGAAGAAGCACAUCUAUUCCAUUUUAAUUGCACCACCAUUUCACACUGCAUCAGCUGGAAGCAAUGCUAUUUAUAGUCCCCACAAAGGAGACAUUCUUGUUCUGUCAGAAUUUAAACCUUCAGAUGUUUCUGAUCUGACAAAGAGUGGGCAAUCUUAUCGCCUUGUUUCGGUUUUUAAGGAUGAAUUUGAUGAUUUGCCACCCAAUACUUAUGUAAUCAGAGCUUCAGAGGAAAUUGAUGAAGCGAAGUAUAACAGCAGCGACAACAACAAACAGAGAAGUAACCUGUUUGCAUUUUACCUGGUAAACGCAAUAACAUACAAUCGAAUUUGGAGGGCAAUCGACGUUGGGCUGGCUGCUAAGGGAAAUUUAAGUCUCGUUCUUAAGGUGUUGCAAGUUGAUCCAAAGGAUGCAGAAGAUUGUAGAGACUCACUGUCCAAUGUUGUUCGAAGAAUCCAAGGCAUUGACUUCGGCUGGUGUUUAUCCAAAUUAAAUCUUAAUGAGUCUCAGACUGAUGCAAUAUUGAGUUGCAUAUCUGCACGACAACGCGGCAACAAUAAAUCAAUAAACCUUAUUUGGGGACCCCCUGGUACUGGAAAGACGAAAACAAUCAGUGGCUUGGUUUGGCUUCUGGAUCUACUGAGAUGCAGGACGUUAAUAUGUGCACCUACGAAUACUGCAGUCAAAGAAGUUGCUUUACGGUUGUUGAAAUUGGUGAAGCAAUUUUCUGGCAACAGUCGUUGUCGCCUGGGAGAUGUGGUGUUGUUUGGCAAUGAAGAAAGGAUGAGAAUCAGUGAUGACCUGAAGAAUGUGUUCCUGGAUUUCCGAGUAAAAAAGAUCCAAGAAUCCUUUGCACUGAAAACUGGAUGGAAGCAUUGCCUGAGUUCAAUGCUUGAGUUUUUUGAAGAUGGUGUUUCUCUACACCAAAAGUUUUUACAUGACAGAAAAGUCAGUGAGUGUACCAAAGACAUUUCAAAAGAAAAACAGGAUGGUUAUGAGGAUAAAAUGUUUUCAGAUGAUGAAUUGGGCGAUGACGAAGAGGCUUUUCUAUCAUUUGCUAGGAGAAAUUUCAGGGUCCUUUCAAAGCAAAUCUGUAGUUGUUUCGAGAUGUUGUAUCUGCAUAUACCUAGAGAAGCAUUGUCAGAAAGUAACUGCAAAGACAUUUUAAUUCUUUUUGAUUUACUUAAGGAAUUUGAGAACCUUCUCUUCAAGGUAGACGCCGGCAGUAAACUGAAGGAAAUAUUUCAAUCCCGUGUAGAAAAGGUGGAAGUAUCUUCCUCCGGAGAAAUGUUAAAUUUCGGAGGAGCCACGUCGUUCAUGAUUCGCAGAACUAGAGCCUCUUGUUGCAAAAUCUUAAGAGCUCUUGAGAAGUCACUGAAACAACUUCCUCCAAUCUCUAGCAAACGUGCCAUCAAGAGUUUUUGUUUGCAAAAUGCUAACAUCAUUUUGUGUACUGCAUCGACUUCAGCCGGAUUAAACAAAUUAGAGACCAAGAAACCAUUUGAGAUGGUAGUCAUUGAUGAAGCUGCACAGUUGAAGGAAUGUGAAUCAUUAAUACCUUUGCAAAUAUUAUGGUUAAACCAUGCAGUUCUUAUUGGUGAUGAGUGCCAGUUGCCUGCUAUGGUUCGAAGCAAGGCUGCUGAAAAUUCACUGUUUGGAAGGAGUCUAUUUGAAAGGUUGAGUUCAUUAGGGCAUAAGAAACACCUGCUAAACAUGCAGUACAGGAUGCACCCUCAGAUAAGUUUGUUUCCAAAUACCAAUUUCUAUGACAAAAAAAUUAUGGAUGCACCAAAUGUCAUUGGAAAGAAUCAUGAACGAAAAUAUCUUCCAGGCCCUAUGUAUGGUCCUUAUUCAUUUAUAAACGUCGACCAUGGAAUGGAGAGCUUUGAUAGUCUUGGACGAAGCAGAAAAAAUGAGGUUGAAAUAGUUGUUAUCUUGCAAAUAUUGAGAAAUCUUCAUAAAGCAAGUUCCAGAACACAGAAAGAGCUUAGUGUUGGCAUUAUAUGUCCAUACACUGCUCAAGUUCUUGCAAUUCGAGGAAAGUUAGGGAAAAUGUAUCAGUCGAAUUCAUUCAUGUCGGUUAAAGUUAAUUCUGUUGAUGGUUUUCAAGGCAGCGAGGAGGAUGUUAUUAUACUUUGCACUGUGAGGUCCAAUGCUGAUGGUUCUGUUGGAUUCCUUUCCAAUCUUAAUCGUGCCAAUGUUGCUUUGACUCGAGCAAGACAUUGCCUUUGGGUUGUGGGCAAUGGACCAACCUUAAUUAGCAGUGGAUCAAUUUGGGCAAAAUUAGUGUUUGAUGCAAAGUCUCGCCAAUGCUUUUUUAACGCAACAGAGGAUAAAGAUAUUGCUUCUGCAAUCUUUAGAUCUGAUCCAUGGAGCGUCGAUUCGCUUAACAUGGAUGGCUUAUACAUUAGCAGAAAAUCUACAAAGAAUGACAAAGUUACAGGAACUUCAAACUCUCUUCCAGCAUCAUCAAGUAAACCUCAGGUCUCCAAAGGGAAGGGGUUGGCAACUUCACAUAAUUCAGUCAAACACAAUGAUGAUUCUGUGGCUUAUUUAAGAAAGCAGGAACCUCAGAGGAAUAAUGAAAGUUUGAAGUUCGUGUAUAGGCCUGUUAGUUCUGGCAGAAAUUUACCUGGAGAGAACUCUUUAGGUUCAGUUAAUCUUGGAAGGAAUGUGAACAUUGCAGGUUUAACGACUACUAAAUUUGAAGAUUCAGAAAUCCACAAAGCUUCUGAAGUUGAUCUGCUAGAAAAGGAUACUUGGGGUUUGGAGUACAUAUCUAGUGAAUCUAGUGAUGAAGAACUUGGUCAACGUCAGAUGUUUGAUACUUCAGUUUCAGAAAUUGGGAACUUGGAUACGCCAACGAUCUGGAAGCUGUUCAAAAUUUUUGCUGGUCUACUUGGUCAUAAGUAAAAUGCAGGUAGAUUAGUAUGAUGUUAUUGGCCCGAAUGGAUGCGUCAACUUUAUCAGUAUUUUGGCUUUGCUGGUGGACUACCAGGGACACCAAUAUUUUGUGGCUAUACCUCUAUUUUGACUCUUUCAAGGAGACGAUCUUCUCGUCUUACUGUGUUCUCUCCACUGAAACAUAAUUAUUAUUUUGUUAUUAAAUAUUUACGGUGGUGUGUGUCUAUCUAAAUUUA